ACAAGAAACACAAGACGAAUAAAUGCUUUAUUGCCUUCAUUGGUUUGACUUCCAUUCCCUAGUGAUCUAGAUCUGUCUCAUGUUGUGUCCUGUCUUUUGUUUGCUAGGCUCAUGUGGAAGGAGGGCAACAAAUGGCUACUGCUGUAGAUUCCCGUUCAUCUACAAAGGCCGUCGUUACAACAGCUGUACAAGACGAAAUCACAAUCGACCGUGGUGUGCUCUCACACCAAACUAUGAUCGAGAUAAGAAGUGGGGAAACUGUGUUGGUGGACGAGUCAGACCAAUACGACCUGUUGUCCCUCCACGAAGAGGCAAAGUGAUUCGCAUCACACUGGGUUUACUGGCCAAGGGGCUCGGUUGUUUCAGGGACACUGGAAGAAGAGCCAUAUCAACCCUAGAAGGCAGAAGUCGUCUUCUGAAAGGACAUUACCGAAGGAGACGAUAUGCUAUUCAGAAAUGCGCUUUGGCUGCAAAGCGGCGUGGGUAUAGCGUGUUUGCCGUACAACAUCAGGGAUGGUGUGCUUCAGCAAGACAUGCUUAUCGAACAUAUGGAAAAUACGGCAGAUCUAACAGAUGUAGGAAUGGAAAAGGAGGACCUUGGGCCAAUGAUGUCUACGUUCUGAGAGGAUCCUGUCGCGCGCGAACAACUCGCGGUGAAUGCUGUGUAUUCCCGUUCAUUUACCGCAACAGACGAUUCACCAGCUGUACCACAGCCAAUUCCAGGGGACGCCCUUGGUGCGCUGUCACUCCAAGCUAUGACGUGGACAAACUGUGGGGCUAUUGCGCAGGACGAGGAGCAAAAAUCAUCAAAGUCACGCUGUCAGUCACACUCCAGAGAAUCGGCUGCUUCAAAGACACUGCUCGCAGAGCCAUUCCACAACUGGAUGGAAAAAGUAUUCUCCUACGAGGAAGCUACCGUCAUCGGAAAUUCGCCAUAAAGAAAUGCGCUCUAGAGUCAGCCAGGCGUGGUUACAAAUUCAUGGCAAUCCAACAUGGUGGUUGGUGUGCAUCAGGACCGCAUGCUCAUAGAACCUUUGCAAGGUACGGACGAUCUAACAGAUGUAGGAAUGGAAAAGGAGGACCAUGGGCGAACGAUGUCUACAGGAUUUCAGGAAAAUGCCGUCUUCGCACUACAAAGGGCUACUGCUGUUCUUUGCCAUUUGUGUAUCGCAGGCGUCGAUACAACAGCUGCGCCAGUAAUGGACGGGGAAGGACCUGGUGCCCAAUAACUCCGGAGUAUGGCAGGAAGAAACUGUGGGGGUACUGCAGGGGAGGAAAACGACCUCGACCGAUACGGGUCACGCCUGGUGUUUAUAUCAAACCUAUUGGUUGUUUCCGAGACACUGGCCGCCGAGCUAUUCCACAGAUGGAUGGAAAAGACAUCGUCGUCCGUGGCUUCUACCGAAGAAGAGCCGCCGCCAUCUAUAAGUGCUUUGCGGCAGCCGCCAGGCGUGGUUACAGAGCCUUUGCAGUUCAGCAUCAAGGAUGGUGUGCGACUGGCCCAAGAGCUCACCUGACAUUCAGGAAGUACGGACGAUCCAAUCGAUGUAGGAACGGCAAAGGAGGACCAUGGGCGAAUGAUGUUUAUUUCAUAUCCGGCAAAUGCAGGAAGAGAACGACAUCNUGCACAUAA